GAAUUUGUACUGGAGGAAGGAGAAGUGCAAAGAAAGCGAGAGAGAAUGUCGGCUCGAUUAAUGAAGAAAAUCUUGAAAGAGCAAGAAGCUGCUCUGCACCAACAAGACAGUGAAGAUGAUUCUGAAUCCCCCGAAUCUUCCUCUGCUUCUCGAAGAAACCCCUUUGAUAUUCUUGACGAGGAUGAGGAUGAAGAGAAAGAGCAGCACAAUGAUUCUGAUGAUGUUGACCAGGUAGAUAAGUCAGAAAUCAACGAUAGAUCCUCGACAAGGAAGGUUGAUACGAAGCAAUCAAAGACAAGCUUAUCGGAGAAAUCUCGCCGGAAAUGGAGGGAAGUUCAUCGAGAAGAAAAAACAUUAGUAAAAUGA